UAUGGCACAGUGGCUCUAACGAAUAUACCGUCCUUUGCAUUUCGACGUAUUUGAACAAUGGCUGCUAUAUGAGGUGACCAGAAACUCAUCCACCAUCGGUUACCAGCUUUUGACUUUGAACCUCAAAGGGGAUAAUUAAACCUAUCUGCUAUAGGCGGCUGCCACCGUGCUCCGCAUGUGACCGAGCAGACAGGGCAGGGAGGGGCGGUCUGUCUCGUGUACGGUACCGUGGACCAGCGAGUUCUAGUCAACGUAUCUGGGCAGCAGCACCAGCGACCCCACCGAAGAGAAGUUGUUGAAUUGCAGCUAUAGCCUCUACCCGGAUAUACGGUCGUAUACGUCGGCUUUAAGGACUACGACGUUUAAGCAGCAUCAAGGACGAAUUUUGUGAAAGCUUCCGGAGAGCUGGACCUUGUCAGUGCUGCGGGAAGAGCGAUGACCACAAAGCGGAAGGCAGAGAAUCACACCAGGGCAGGAAACCUUCCUGUCAUCAUGAAGCCUGGACGCUCCCAAGCUGAUUCAGAGAGAGACUCUGGCUUUUCAGAUGCGAGCUCAGAGCACAUGAGCACGAUGGACACCACAGAUUCUGAGGAUUCACCACACCCUGUUGUACAGCAGGGACCACGGACCACUGGCUCAGGGACCCACCCUUCUGGACUUGCAGUGGUGGGUGGGCUCUCUCCCAUGAUCAUCAUGAACAAUGUCCUGCUCAAGCAGCCUGGAGAGAAUCCUCCUGCUCUGAAGCCCUGGGGGUUUAGUCCAACUGUGGAGGUGGUUCAGCAGCCUCAGGUGGUCUUUAUCCAGCCUGUGGUUUCUCGUCAAGCUUCCUCAGGCACCAAAGAGGCCAACUCUAAACACAGACGCCCUAAGAAGUAUUUUCCAAUCCUAAAAUCCUACCCAAAGAUUGCCCCACAUCCCGGGGACAGCUCUAGCUCCUCAGGAAGAGGAACUGCCCCCUCAACUUACUCCUCCUCUUCUUCUUCAGGGUCAGAGAAAUGUAGUACUUUGACCUCCAUCACUCGGGAACACUGUCAGCGAGAGAAGCCACAGAGAAGUUUAUGUAAUAGUGCUGGUAACUCUGGCCCAACCACUCCUGGUCUUCCUGCAACCCCCACCACAAUGUCUCCUUUGCUCCAGAGCAGAUCAUGUCUCUCAACAGGAGAAACCAACACCACUCCUGUGAGGGAGAGGCCUUCAUCGGCUGUCAGCCAGGCAGACUGUACGACUUUGCUGUCUUUCAGUCAUGCUACUGGAUCCAAAAACUUUACACUCCCUGUUUCCCCAGCGGUCGUCUCACUGAGUGAAGGUAACGACAGUGACGGUGAUGCUGACACAAGAAGGAAGCGCUUCUGCAACACUUACAACAUCCUGAGCAAAUCUGGCCUGCUAGACAUCACACUCCGUACCAAGGAGCUCCUCAAGCAGAACCAGCGCACGCAGAACGACAUAGACCGGCUGAAAAAACAAACAGACCUCUUUCUUCAGGCUCUGCGGAGCGGAGACACCAGCAUCUGUGUUAAACUGCAGGCCACUCUUUUGGAAGAAGACAGAGAAUGAGAAAGAGCGAUCUGUUCAGUCCAGUUUAAAAGCAGAUUAGACCUGAACUAGGCCUUCAUAGUACCGGUAAUCCUAUAGACUUGAGAUGGGAAGGAAGACAAGGAUUGGUGGUUGGUUGCAUACAGAGACAGAUGGACCGAAAGUAAUGCGUGCCCCACAAUACACACCCACCCCCCGGACUCUCAGAUAGGCAGCAUGCUGUGGCCUACAUUUAGGCUGCCGGCUGCCUUAGGGCCCUGACACACCAAGCUAACCUAAAAAAAAAAGUUGGUGUUGACUUUUUAUUGUCUCUCAUUUAAGAGUCGCACUCAUUGUAACAUUAUAGGAGGCGCCAGCUGGCCACCAACGUGCACAUGUGUUGUGCACCUGUAUGAGGGGAAAUAUUUAUUGAAAGAAGCAGUCGGUGUGCUAAGAUUAUAAAUUGAAAAUACAAAAAUACCCUUAUAAAUUUUUCGGUGGACAUUGUACACUUUGCUGUAGACUGUUGCUGUCAGCCUGUAGUGUAUGGGGUUUUUUUUAAAAAACCUUUUUUUUUUUUAAAAAAAGGUGAAAAACGCAAUGUAUGGGUCAACAGCCUGUCCGCGAAGGACACGCUGCAAAAAUGACAGCUUUGGACAGCCACAUACUUCAAGUGCUGACUGCUGGACUACUAUUGGCUUGUUGUGUUGGGGACCAAAUAAGGCAGACGCAGCUCAAUGUUCUUCCUCACUGAGCCGGACUAGAUCUCUUCCACUGAAGCUGUGUCCGUGCUGGUGACAAUUUUAGCAAUCAAAACUCAGAAGCUCUAAGAAUUUCUUCUCUCAGUGGAGUUGUAGUACAACAAAGCUUAAUUUAAAUCCUGACACUGGUCUUUUAAAUCUGGAUACAACAUGAGAAGGUGUUUGAAAAGAGAAUCUAUGUAUAAAUCAGUCUGAUCAUAUGUCUUGUUGCACAAAUUACUUGCAUCAUUCAUGGUAGUUGUCUUUUGCGUUGCUUGACAAGCAGGAAGUUGACAGUGAAAUUCAAGUCCAAUUGAGUUCAUGCAGCAGUUACAGUUGCAACAAAAACUCUGACGGUUUCUUAAGUCACACUGAAUGUGUUCAGGGCUUCUUCGCCUGUCAGCGUAGUCAGACUUACAUGUGCCUACACAGUGUCUUUUGUUGAAGCUCAAUUUGGAAAAUGUGAGUUGAAAGUUAUGGUGUGGCCAGUUGACAGUUAAACUUUGUCUUUCCCAUCAUGUUGAUGGCAGAUGUUCCUGUGUGAACUGUCUUCAUGGCCAUUUAAAUGCUUCCCUGACAUCCCUUUGUAAAUGUUUUUGUUUUUGGCUUUUUCCACUUGUAGUUAAGGCCUGUUUGAGUGUAAACAACACAUGGCUGUAAUAUUAAUAUUUCAAUAUUGACUGCCUUCAAGAGCAGAGUUUUUCCUGUAUGUUUACAUGUGUUUAUAGAGCUACUUUUUUUCCAACUUUUUAUUGUAAUUUUUUUUAGUCCACUAAUAAAAACCCAUCUUUUAGAACUCUUGAUGAAGACCAGUCGUUGUGCAUAAAUGGCCUUUCAAAAUCCAGAUAUUUUUAAUGUACAGUUAAGUUUAAGUUUCUCUUUUGUAAUCAUGGCCUUAAAAUCCAAACCCAGUGUAUGUCAGAUAACUUUGCAUUUGCACUAAGAAAUGUAAAAGUAGCUCGGAAGCAAUUUCUGGACAGAAAUUAAUGGCAGCUAUGGUACUGUAGCUUUUUUUUUUUUUUUUUUUUUUACAUGAAGUGUAUUACAACACAUAAGCACACUACUAAUCUAUACAUAUGACUUAUGUAGUAUAACAAUAAAUAACAUUUUCAUCUUUUCUAUUACUGAUAGUUUCUGCAGUGUUAAGUGUUUUUGUACAUUGUGCAUGUGAUUGUGUAAUAUUUGAUGUGACGGUUCUGUUCCUACAGUGCUUACAUUGACUUAAAAUGGUCUCUUAGUGCAGAGGGAUACUUUUAUAUACCUUCUGUUUAAACUUGCCAUCUAAGCAUGAAUACGGUUUAUUUAAAAUGUUACCAUAAAACGUGGAGGUGUCUGUCACACAAACAAAAACUCAGAGGUUUGGUUUCUUUCUUGAAUGAAUUGUUGGUACUCUGCAAAACAAAAAAAACAUGACGUCUGUAUUGUUGCGCAUUUGUCAUGUAUUUGCUUAUUUGGAGUGCUCUCAGCCUACAUCUUUUGUUUUAUCAGUAGGCGAACAUGUAAACACUUCUGUCCUCAACUCUCAACAUCGCAGAUAUUUUGACUCUGGGGGAAGUGCCAGCUGCAGAUUACAAGUUUCUAAAGUGAACACAGUAAAUUCUUUGAUUUGCUUCCUUCUUAAGCUACUCCCAAACCAAAUUUAUAAUGUGAGUUUAGGGAGUAGCGCUAUCUGACAUCCAGCCUUUUAGGUUGCACUCAAGACUUUGAGGUCAUCCAACUUACUCCACCCACUUUCUUACUGCAGUGCACCAAUUUCACUGUCAGCAACACAGAUACAGAUGCAUCUGCAUCAACAAUCUUGGAAGGAUUUAGUGGCUUAGCGUCUCUCCUACUGAGAGUGCUGUGGUUAUUGUGGCUGGAUAAAUGACUGCUUGACCCUCAGAAAUCAUAUUUUCCAUAUAAGCUGCAACAAAGUUCAGAUGAGUUUUGAAACUCUUCAGCUCAUGGCCUUGUAAAACAAUCUGUAAAAGUCGACUUUGUAAUACAUAACACAGCUUCCCACCCCACCCCCUCUGAUCCUUCUGCGAUUGUUUGUGACCUUAUCGUCCAGCAUGCAACAGUUUGGAGUAUUUUCCUGACCUUUGAGUCUGCUCUUUCAGAUCCUUUGUACUCGAGACAGCUGUAUUGAGAAUAAGUUGUUUCAAAGUCGCUUUGGCUCUAAAUGAAAUUCCUGACUUGUAAUCAGUUAUUUACUCCCACUUUAUCUCAAAUAAGCUCCAUGUGUCGCCUUGUUUGAUGCAUUUGGCUCAUAUAAGUUUCCACUGACUUUCUGCAAUAACCACAGACGAGAUGUCGAGGCAGUGUCACAGUGACAUUCUAAACUUUUCUACAAUAACAGGCUAAAUAUGAUGACUGGAUUAUAUGGUCUAAAAUCAGUAGAUGUUAACAGACCCACCAUUCAGUUAUGAAUUCAUUUUUUUAAUAAAUGGAAGAAAACUAAAUUCUUCCACGCCAUAGCCUAUAUAUCUAACUUUUCAUAUGGCUUUGUAAUGCUAGAUGAGUAAUUUGUCUACCCUAUGUUCUUGGUGAAAGCCUUAUUGAGAUACUCGAGCAGCAGGAUGGCCGCUACGAUUUUGCUCUUUGUUUUUUUAACUCCCCUCAGCCAACAGCAAAUACUAUCAUUUUACAACUGUCUCACUUUCUUCUGUACUUUCAGGUGCUGUCUUUGCAGAAUUCCCUUUAUUUUUCCUUGGACCAGGUUUCCACCUCACACUUUUACCCGAGUUUAUGAAAUUGUUUAAAACACUCUUGACCGAUUUGUCCUCGGCUGUAAAUGAUUCUAGGAUAAAUUUUGAGUUUGUUUUCUUAACGGUUCACUGCACAGUUCAAAAACAAGAAAGAAAAAAAUCUUAAAAAUGUCGGGACGGCCUUCUUCUGAAGUCCUAGCUGUUUUGAGGCUGGUUCGCUGCCAGUGGAAUAAAUCACGUAUGAAAAGGUCACUGAACUUUCGACUGAAAAUAGCACAAAAACGCUCUGUGCUUUCUUUACAUGUACUUGUUGCUACCUGCUCGUGCGUAAUCGUUGCCAUUAUCAUGUCGCUGUCCAGGUUUCUUUGUGUGGAAGAAGUUCCUUUUUGUGCAGAUGUGCUUAUGUAAUGGACUAUUUAUGUUUCUGAUGAUACUAGUGUGUAUGCCACAUGCUGUGUUCCUGAUCAUGUUGUGUGACUGCAGUUUUUUUUCUUUGUUAAACGGUCAGCUUGUAGAGCAGUACAGUUUGAUAACACUGGAUUUUGAGUUGAGUACUGGCAGCUUUGGUUCCUCAGUGCAUUUCAGUCUGCCUUGUCACUUUAAAGAUGCUGGUUUCAGUUUCAGUAGUACACCAGCAACAACGAUGGACAAAAAUAUAUUUAAAUAUCAGCUCAAAUAUAUAUUUUUAGGAUCAUGCAGACUGAAUGUGAUGUGCCUAGCUCGCUGUCUUUUUUUUUUCCUUUAUAAAAUGUAAAUAGAGGAAGUUGUUGAAGUCCUCAUGACACUUUCCAAAGUGGGAAAUUUUUGAGUUUUACGUCUUAAAACCUCUGAGGACAUGAGACUUGUUAUAAGUAACUUGUUAUAAAACACUUCAGCUAUAUCAUUCAAAGAUCUUAUAAACUAAGACUGAAAAGGUUUGAUGUUACAUGCUUUAGGGCUCUUUUUUUGUACAUUUUAAGUUAGAGACUCAUUGUUUGUGUAAUAAAUGUCUUUCCAAAGAA